UUCUAUAACUGGUCUAAGGUUUCACGUCACUCACUGAUCAAAGCUAAACACAAAAAUAUAAACAUAACCUAAAUUAAACAUAAUAAUUUAUAAGUUAAAUAAUUGCUGUUUAUAAUAGUAUUGCUUGGCAAAAAACUACAUUGUUCAUUUUAAUUCAAUUUACUUGUUGGUUGCUGAUUUGAAUGUAUGAUAUUGCAAACACUUAUUUCCAUUUAAUUAUACAUUCACUCUUUUUUUUUAUUUUAUUCUAAUAAAGUAAAGUUAGUGUACAAUAGAUAAAGGCAGUUGUAAAAAUCUCAUUUUAUCAAUUUUAGUUUCAACCUUCUGGUAAUAAUUUAAUGUGUUUCAAUGGCCAGUGUUUGGUUUGUUGUUCCUAUAAUAUUUUUUGCAACAGCUUACUUGUACGGUCUAACUACUAUGGCACCACAGCUAAGCACAAAUAAUGAUGUGUCUUUAAAAUUCCCAGGUAGUUUUGAUGAGCUUAAGCAGAUAGCCAAUUUAUUGACUUUGUAUUAUGAUGAGAAUUGGCUUUAUGUGGUCAUUUUAUUUAGCAGCGCUUAUCUCUACAAACAGUCAUUCAUGAUUCCUGGUUCUGUUUUCAUGAACGUUCUAGCUGGAGCAAUAUUUGGUGUUCUCAUAGGGUUUCCACUCUGCUGCAUUUUAACGGCGAUUGGGGCAUCGUUUUGCUUUUUACUUUCAAGGACAUUUGGAAAACCUACUCUACAGUACUAUUUUCCAAAUGAAAUUCGAUAUCUCCGUUCUGCAUUAGGGGUCGAUAAAGAUCCUAACAGUUUGAUCUACUUUUUAAUAUUUCUUCGACUGUUUCCAAUGACACCCAACUGGCUCAUCAACGUGUUGUGUCCCAUUAUUGAAGUUCCACUACAUUUGUUCUUCAUUUCUGUCUUAUUUGGUUUAAUGCCCUACAAUUACCUCUGCGUGCAGGCUGGUGGAAUGUUGGCAUCCCUGUCUUCCCUCGACCAAGUGUUCAGUUCAAGAACAUUGCUACAGUUGGCUGCCAUGGCCAGUGUGGUAUUAGCUCCCAAAUUACUGUUCAGAAAGCAAAUCCACGAAAAUAUGAAAAAGAAGACUUAGCUAAUAGUCUUCUAAUUCAUUUGGCUGUGAACGCUUUCAUAUCACAUUUAGGCCCAGUUGCACAAAAGCCUGUUGAAAUUUAAUCGUGAUUAAAUUUCACGACAACCAGAGAAUUCAUUUUGAAAAAAAACCUUCUCUGAUUAGUCCUCGUGGCAUUUAAUCAUGAUGAAUUUAAUAGACUUUUGUGCAACCGGGCCAUAAUGAAGACGUCUCUACUUCAUACCAACAACUUUUAUGUGUCAAUUAGUUGUCAACCAGUGUAAAAUAAGUUUCAAGUGCAAUUUUUUUUAGAUAAAAUAGAUAUGGUAAUGAUAAAGAAAAAAAA